AGCUGAUUAAUUUGAUUGACAGGCGCGCUGACCAAUGGGAGGCGGCGCCGGCGGAAGGCGGGAAGCGGCGGCGCCUGAGGGAGGCGACCCCAGAGACGCGUCCGGAGCCAUGAUGGCCGCCAAGGUGAAGGUGGAGAAAACAGAGCUGGAGCCCGUGGCCGCUCGGCGCCGCCUCGACGCCGUCCUGGAGCAGCUGCUGCAGAGAGGCCCCAGGGAGCCGCUGGAGGAGGAGCCUGGGAAGGGCCCCGGGGACCCUCCAGCCAAGGAGGCUUCGCCCAGCGCCCCUGGGAAGAGGCCCCCUGGGCGGUUCCCGCAGCAGCGCCGGAAGAAGAGGCGGGAGGGGGGGGAGGGGCCCGAGACCCCGCCCCCCAAACAGAGUGAGUGGGAGAGAAAACCCGAAACCGGAUCUGGAAAUUCCGGAACUAGGAUUGGGAAACCGGAACUUGGACCGGGAAAACCCGGAACCCGGAACAGGAAAACCGGAACUGGGACCAGAAAAACCAGAACUGGGAACAGGAAAAACCGGAACUGGGACCGGGAAACUGGAACACCGGAACCGGAUUGGGAAACCCGGACAUGGGUCCGGGAAAACCAGAACUGGGACCGGAAAAAACGGAACUGA